AAAUCUUUAGAGGGAUUCCGAGCAUACUUAUUCAUCAGCAUGGCCUGGCGAGGUGCAAUUUUAUUGAGUGCAUUAAAAAGUCCAUAUUUAAAGAUACAAUAGUCAGGAACAACCAGUAUGAGUUUUUGUGCGGAAUUAGUUUAUUUUUUGUAUUUAUUCUGCCUUGUGGAAACUUCACCAAUCGUGUCGAUAAAUGGACAACGACUGGAGUUGACGGAAAAUGAGGUCAAGAUUUUGACUUUCAAUUUCACCGAAACGGAUAGACCUGUCAAAGUAUUUAUCCACAGUUCGGAUACAGAAAUUUUCACAGUUAUUGGAGGCACUCAUCAUAAUAUAACUGAUGGAGAGCAUGGGAACUUUUCUACUAGAAUUCACGGUGAAUUUUUAGGACGUGCCAAGUUGCAUUUGUAUGUAAACAAAUAUUUCCAAGGGACGCAACCCAGUCAAGCAUUAAGCGACAGUGUUGUGAAUGAAAGCUGGUACAAAGUUGAUGAUUCUGUUGACAUUGUAGUUAAACGAGCUGACAGUCCACUCAAUACAAUUUUUACUUCCAUUGUGAUCAUUCUGGUAUGCUUGGCGAACAUUGCUAUGGGUUGUAAGACGGAACUGAAGGAAGUGAGGAAGACUAUGAAGAGACCUGUAGCACCUGUCACAGGGUUACUGUCACAAUUCAUCCUCAUGCCUCUGAUAUCUUUGGGAGUUGGCUACCUGCUUGGACUAGAUGCAGCUUUGUGGUUUGGAUUCUUUGCUAUGGGUUCCUCACCAGGUGGAGCUGCUAGUAACAUCUACUGUUAUCUAUUGGAUGGGGAUGUGUCCUUGAGUGUUACCAUGACAUUCAUCAGUACCUUAUCAUCCCUAGCCCUGAUUCCUGCCUGGAUAUACAGUGUAGGGGUAAAUGUGAUUUACAAGGAUAUAGAAAUCUCCAUUCCCUUCACUAACAUCAUUGUGUCCCUGAUAGGCCUGAUCAUUCCUGUGGGCAUCGGAAUUCUGAUACAGACAAAGAGACCCAAGUGGGCCAAGUUCAUUGAGAAGUUAGUUCGACCAAUCACAGUUAUUUUUGUAAUUUUGGUUUUUACAGUAGGAGUGUACGCCAAUCUUUACGUGUUUAAACUACUCACUCCUCUGACACUACUGGCCGGUGCCCUCGUUCCAUAUUGCGGGUUUUUCUUUGGUGCUAUUGUCGCAUUCCUGACCCGACAUGACAGACAGAAAAUUCUUACCAUUGCCAUAGAGACAGGUAUCCAAAAUACAGGGAUUUCCAUUGUCAUGCUUCAGUUGUCACUGCCUCUUCCAGACUCUGAUUUAGGAAUCGUGGCUCCAAUUGUAUGUUCUAUUUUCACCCCCAUCCCAAUGGCAAUUGCCAUUAUAUCAUAUGAAAUUAAAAAAAGGUGUUGCACAAAGAAGAAACCUCCAAGCGAUGAGAAAAUGGGAGGUUUAGACAAAGUGGGGGAUUCUGAAAAAGCAGAGGUGAAAGGUUUGUCUUAUCUCCCUGUGACUGAGAAAGGAAGUGACAGCGAAGUGGAGGCAGCCAAAGACGUGGAGGAAGAUGGAGAUGUAAAACAAAGGAAUGGGGCAAUAUGACUUUUUAUGUGCGAUUUUGAAGAAUUUCCUUUGAUUCAUUGUGCAGGAAGCAGUAGGGAUAAACACCGAUGAUAAAACAUUGAUCAGUGUAAUAUUAAAUAAGAGAAAAAAAAAUAGUUUGUGAAAAUGGUAAAUAUUCAAUGUAAAAGUGAUGUUACUGUAAGAGGAAAAAAGUAAAUGUUAUAUGUCUGGGGAGAAAAUGGUAAAUAAUCAGGGUAAAAAUGAUAUUACUAUAAGAAAAAAGAUAGAUACAUGUAAUAUGAUUCAAGAGAAAAUGAUAAAUAUUCAUUGUCAAAGUAAUUAAUUUUAAAUACUUUAAAGAAAAAAAUAUGAUUCAAGAGAAAAUGUGUAAAUGAGAAAAUGGUAAAUAUUCAAUGAAAACGUGGUACAUGUAUUCCUUUUAAAUUAAGAAAAAAGUAAAGAUGACUAAUCAUGCUCAAGGGAAAAUGGAAAAUAAGUGUAAAAGUGAUAUUUUUUAGUCACACUCAAGAGAAAUAUACAGAUAUGUAGUGUAAAAUUUUUAUUUUAAGAGGAGAAUAAUUAAUAUGAAAUAAUUAAAAAUGACAAAUACAG